AUGGGGAAGAAGAGUAUGAGCAAGGACCGGGGGUACAUCACCGCCACCGAGUGGAAGACGGAGGGCGGCGGAUACAAGGACAAGAUGCAGGGGGUGCCCUUCCGUCGCCUGCCAUUCAACUGCUGCGCGGUGUCAUUCUUGCCGUUCGAAGAUCCAGUGUGCACAGCCGACGGGACCGUCAUGGAUAUCAUGCACGCGGUACCCUAUGUGCAAACCCACGGCAAGCAUCCGGUGACGGGCGAGCCCCUGCAGCUGCGGGAUCUGACCAAGCUCAACUUCCACAAAAACUCGGAGGGCGAGUACGAGUGCCCGGUGCUCAACAAGGUUUUCACCGACAGCACCCACAUCGUCGCCGUCAAGACCAGCGGCAACGUGUACUGCUACCAGGCCAUCGACGAGCUGUGCAUCAAGCCCAAGAACUGGAAGGAUCUAAUCACCGACGAGAAGUUCACGCGGAAGGACCUCAUCACCAUCCAGGAUCCCCUCAACCUCGAGGGACGCAUGCUCGACAAGUUCGAGCACGUCAAGAAGGGACACGAGAUCGACACGCGAGGUGGCGGUGUAGGCGGCCCGGAUGAUAGUCUCAACUCCAGGGCCAUGUCCGCGGACAUCAAGCGCGUGCUGGAAAAGCUCGGGACGGAGGACGCCGCCGCCGCGCUCAAGUCGGGAGGCGGCGGCAGAAGGGCGGAGGCUGAGCGCAUACUCGCGGAGGCUAAGCACAAGUCCGAUGCCGACGCCAAGGGCGACUCCCAGGCCACUGUGGAUAAGAGUCACCUGCUCAAGGCGCCGACGAACCACCCGCUGGAUAACGUCACGUUCAAGCCCGGUUCGCACACGUGGAACACAGACGGGCCGGAGGACUGGCGCGUGACCCACGCCAAGGCGGCAGAUGGCGAGCAGAUGAAGAAGCGGGAGGCGGAGAUGCGCGAGCGAUUUAAGGCGGUCGGGUCGCACAUCAGUUACAGGACCAACUCGAUGCGCACCACGGGCGCGGGGUCCACAUCGUUCACGUCCACGGUGAUGGGCAGCGCCACCGUGAAUGAGCGCGUGGAGGAGGUCGUGAAGAGGAACCCGCCAAAGGGGAAGAAGGGGUACGUCCAGCUGCGCACCAACCUCGGGGACAUCAACAUCGAGCUGCACUGCGACGUGGCGCCCAGGACGUGCGAGAACUUCAUCGUGUUGUGCAAAGCCGGGUACUACGACGGCGUCGAGUUUCACCGGAGCAUCAAAAACUUCAUGAUCCAGGGCGGCGAUCCCACCGGCACCGGAUCGGGGGGCCAGUGCAUCUGGGGUGACAAGUUCAAGGACGAGAUCACCCACCUCGUGCACGACGGACGCGGGGUACUUUCCAUGGCCAACAGCGGCCCGCACACCAACGGGUCCCAGUUUUUCAUCACGUACAAGAGCGCGCGACACCUCGACGGGAAACACACCGUGUUUGGUCGGCUGGUGGGCGGCGUGGACGUGCUGGCCGAGAUGGAGCGCGUGCCCACCGCGGACGACGACAGGCCGAAGGAGCCCAUCGUCAUCAACAGCACGAAGGUAUUCACCGAUCCGUACAAGGACAUGGCGGAGGCGGAGGAGAGGCUGGCGGCGGAGAAGAAGGCCAAAGAGGAGAAGGAGGCGCGGGAGCGGACCGAGGCGCUCAACCCGGGCAAGUGGUGGUCGGAUCCCGCCGGGCAGAUGGCGAAGGAGGCUGGCGACGACGGGACGAUGAGGAAGUCCACCGGGGUGGGGAAGUACGUCAACCGGGCGACCGCGGGU